AUGUUCAAAUUCGUCUUUGUCAUCUUUGCCUUUAUUGCCUGUGCUGCUGCCCAGCCUGGUUUAUUGAGUGCUCCUUUGGCUUACACUGCUCCUGCUGCUGUUGUAGCUGCCCCCGCCGGCGUGGUUACCGCCACCAGUAGUCAAUUUGUUGCUCGUAACCACAAUGGUAUUGCCACUGCUCCUGUUGUUGCCCCCGUAGCCGCCCCUGUUGUUGCCAAAACCUUAGCUUACUCUGCUCCUUUAGCUUAUUCCGCCCAUUUGCCCUACACUGCUCCUUUGUCAUAUGCCGCUGCUCCAGUUUUAUUGUAA